AUGAGUGAGGAGCUGCAGAGUAAAGAUCAGCUGCAGGAUAUUCUGGAGGAGCUGAGACAGGACAAACAGCAGCUCAGAGCACAACUGGAAGACCAGCUGGACACACUACAGUCUGAGAUAACCCAUCUGAAUGCUUCUGUCCACACUGUGAAUGAGCAGAAGAGGCAGCUGGAGGAGGAGCUGCAUCACAACAUCCACAUGGUAUCCACAACUCAAGAGCUUCUGAAGUCAGUUCAGGAGGAGCUUUGUGAACAGAAGCAGAUAAACUCUGAUCUGAAAGCUCUGAGACACAACGAGGAGACCUUAAAUCAACAGGUCCAGACGCUGACAGAGAAACUGCAGAGCACUGAAGCUGAGAGGGACCAUCUUCUGUCUGAGAAGCAAACUGACAGUCAGAGCUCCAGCCAGGAGAUGGAGAAGCUGCUGUGCACAGUGACAGCUCUGAAGGAGGAGAGAUCAGCUGCAGGACAUUCUGGAGGAGCUGAGACAGGACAAACAGCAGCUCAGAGCACAACUGGAAGACAGGAUGACGAGCAUGAGUGGCGGAGCUGCAGAGCUGUGAGAGCAGACCGAGACAGACUGUUGAAUGAGAGGACAGAGGACAGUCACAGGUCCAGCCAGGACAUGGACCAGCUGCUGUGCACAGUGACCACUCUGACUGAAGAAAGAGAUCAGCUGCAGGACAUUCGGAGGAGCUGA